GUGUUGUGUUGUGUUUGAAACCAAUGGCUUAACAUUUGUGUGAUUGCAUUGAUUGCAUGUGUUAUAUGUGUUGUUGUUAUUAUUGUUGUUGUGGUUGCGGUUGACAUCACUAAUCAUGUCAUCUGUCAAUCCAUAUCCAGCAUCACCUUUAAGACCAGUUCCCCAGUUCUUUGAGUCGAACAACUCUUUUACAACCAAAAAGGAAAGGUAUAGUUCGACUCCCUGUCCAAAGAGAGUACCUCCGAGACCUCCAUCCAAGACUGUCCCCCCUAUCAGUCGUUUCUUUGCUCAACCCAAACAUCAAACGGCACAAGCGAUCAGUUUCAAGGAAAACAGCGACAUAUCUCUUAGCAAACAUUACGACUCAAGUCGUGAAGAGUCAUACUUUGAUCAAUGUUUUAUUGUUGAGAAAAAGAUAGGAAGCGGUUCUUUCGGUGAUGUUUUCAGAGUUAAAAGUAGAGAAGAUGGCAAAUAUUAUGCAAUUAAAAGGUCUCGCGAGAGGUUUAAAGGCAAAUCAGAUCGCGAGAGGAAGUUAGAGGAAGUCUGUAAACACGAACAACUCCCUAAACAUCCCAAUUGUGUCCGACUAUAUAAAGCUUGGGAAGAAAGACAACAUCUUUAUAUUCAGACAGAGUUAUGUGAAACGAGUUUAAGUGACUUUACGGAAGUUAAUCACGAAAUUCCUGAACAUAUUGUUUGCAAUUAUUUUGUCGAUUUGCUUAAAGCCGUCGGACAUCUUCACGAUCACAAUCUAAUGCAUUUAGAUAUAAAACCCGAUAAUAUUUUUAUUUCUAGGGAUGGUUUGUGCAAAUUAGGUGACUUCGGACUUGUUCUUGACCUCAACAAAUAUGACUCUAAUGAAGCCACUGAAGGCGAUCCUAAAUAUUUAGCCAAAGAGUUAAUGUCCGGUCAUUUUACAAAAGCCGCUGAUAUAUUCAGUUUAGGCGUUAGUAUACUUGAAAUUGCCUGUGAUUUAGACCUACCUUCUGGUGGAGAAGUUUGGCAUCAACUCAGGGAUGGAAAGAUACCCGAUAUACUUCUAAGUGGAAUUAGUACGGAUUUAAGGGAAAUUAUAAAAGAUAUGAUGAAUCCAGACUAUAGGCUCAGGCCAUCAGUGGAUCAAUUGUUAAAUCACCCUUUUAUAAGGAGAAUAGAGCGCUCACGUCGAUGGAAACUUAGGGCUAAAAGAAGUUUGAAGUUAGCCUACGAUUUAAUUAAUUGGUUUUAUCACUAUUUAAUGAAGACAUUUAUCCUUAUUUGUUAUCCAUUCAAAUAUUUAUAUCAAUCAUUCAUCAAAAGGCCGACCGACACAUCAUUUGUAAAGUCUCCAAAUAAUUCGCUUAAUAUAUCACACAAUGAUUUUGACAACUAUUCCGAUGACGAUAUGUUUGAAACGAGUUAUCUUUCAGUGUUAGACAAUUCGUUGGACAAAUCAUCUAAUUUUGAAGAUAAACACUCAUCUCCUGAUAAUUCUUUUGAUAAGAUUAGCAAACGAAAGUUUUGUUCGACAUCUGUCGUAAAUCGAAGAAAAACUGGUUUUGAUCUUUCGUUUAGAUCUCCUUCAUUUGCUACCAGUUCUCCCAUUCAACGUAUGUAUAACACGACACUUCCCGACAGUCCGACAUUGUUUAGAGAAUCGUCUAUAACUUGCAAACCAUUAAUCAGUCAAAAACUGAAUUUUGACGACCAAUCUGGAGAUGAAUCCUCCGAUUGCGAUAAAAUACAUCAAAUCGGACCAAAAAAUUUAUUGAGUACAUUUGAUGAAAUAGAAAACGACUCGAGUGACUGAUAGUGCCUUUACAUUGAUUUAUAUUUUCAUUAUUUUGUCUCAUUUAUCACAUUUUU